UUUACUUAGUAUCGUUAUUAGUUGUCACACACGAUCGACGUCAAUUUGUAGGUUAUCUUUCAUGUUUGAUUAAUGAGUUGGUUAGUAAGAAAAUGUUUAUUCUUUUAAAAACAGUAAGACAUAAUAGAUUGCAAGUAUACAUUUUACAGAAAAUUACAAUUUUAUGUUAGUGUCCAAUUAAUUUAGCUGAUUGAUGGUACCAAAACAAUGAUAUGAUGUCCGAUCAAACUGAGUUGUCGUUGAAACACUUUUACGUCUACAAUGAAUGUUUUGGCAAAAACGAGGGCGAAGAGGAGCAGAAGAUAAUGUAUUAUUUUCCACCUAAAGUAAAAAUGGAUGAUAAGAUGAAAAAUGUUGGUCUCAGUGAAGCGAUCAUCCAGUUCACGAAAACAUUCAGCAAGAAACGGUGCUGUGAAAGCCUGCAUUCAGAGAAGACCAGACAUUAUUACUUCUCUCCGGAAGUUAACUUUUACAUGGUCAUGACUGUGAACGUACCCACAAGAACUAGUGUAGAAGGCAAGACCUACCAUGGGGAUGAGGUGCAGGAUAGUGUGUGUCUUGCUGUGGUGAAGCAGGCAUACCUCAUGUACAGGCUCUUCCACGGCACGUUCUCCAGCCUGCUGGACUCCAGCGGUGGAGACACUACCCCACUUAAGCAGAGACUGGAGUCGUUCUUUAACAGGCACUUACCCACCAUAAAACUGCAGCACUGUGAUAUAAUGGACAUCUUUCAAGGCGUCCAGUUCUUGCCACUAGACAAACAAACAUUCCUGCACAUUCAGUGUUUUGUGAACUUACUAGAGGCUUCGUUCCCUGUUGUGGAGUUCACUGCGUUUCUCUACAAUGACAGGCUUAUCUGGAGUGGGUUGGAGCCUGAAGACAUGCAGGUGGUGUUCCACUACCUUGUCUACACUCUGCUACCAAAGUUCUCGGAGACUGAAGCGAUACCAAAUGGGAGUGUCCCUACACUAAGCAGCUAUGGCAGUACAGUGUUCCAAUAUCUAGUCAACACUCUGCUGCCAAAGACCUCGGAAUCCGAUGCAAUCCCCAAUUGGAGUGUCCCUACAUUGAGCAGCUAUGGCAGGUUUUUAACGGGUCCAGAAAAUGUUCAUAGCAACAGCAACAAUGUUGGAAAAGUUCCUAAACUGUUCCUAAGUCACGUGAAACCUUCCCCCGGAACGUUCCACAUCGUGGCUUACAGAACGUCAAACUGCACAGUCUGCCUCUUCAUACCAGGUAACGUAUUGUAUGUUCAAUGAAUUUGAAAUUCUUAC